AUGGGGGCGGCAACCGUGCCUCGCCGCCGCAGCCUCCUCAUUGCCAGGGCUACCACCAAAUCUGCCGAGCACCAAGAGCCAGCAGCAAUACCCGCCGAUGGCGCUCAUCGUGCCAGUGGGCGGUGGCGCCGAGCCGUGAUGUUGUUCAGCGCUGCCGCCGCCCUCACAGGAGCCACAACAGCCGCCAUCAGCCAAUCGGCAAGAGCGGACGAAGAACGCGCUGGUGGAUGGUCUGAUAUAGAAGACUUGAGUGACCCACGUGUCCAGGAUAUCGGUAAAUGGGCUGUCUCUGAGCACAAUACACAGACCGGGAGCAACAUGCAGUUCGUUGGGGUCCUUAUUGGUAGGAAACAAGUUGUCGCGGGCGUGAAUUACAUCCUUACUCUCGAAACGAAGGGGUCUAGGGCCCCUUUGUGGGAAGCUAGCGUGUUUGAUCCACUGCCUGGUGGUGGGAAACGUCAGCUUAACUCGUUUUUGCCAUUGAUUAGGUAA